GCACUCAGGUUAUAACAAUAUGCUAAACCACUAGAACAGACUGCUCUAAAACAACUACAAAAGCAGGGGCAAAGUUCAGAAACUACGAAGAUUUGGUGAGAAAAUGGCACCACCAGGUAAACAGGUCACCAUCCCUGAGGAACUGCCAGAAAUCCUGAAAGCCUUUACAAAAGCUGCUAUUAGGACCCAGCCUGCAGAUAUUGUUCGUUGGUCUGCUCUGUACUUUACUGCUUUAGCCAAUGGACAGCCUCUACCAAUAAAAUCUGAAAGGCUUGCAUCACCAAGUCAUGCCGAGUUUUCAAUAGAUCAUCUAAAAACCCUUCAUGAAAAGUUUGGAUCGAGAUGUUCAGUUUACCCCGAGGAACUUGCACAAAAGUGGAAGGAACUCAAUCUGCCAGAGAAACUCUUAAGAGAUAUCAUGACUGUUGGAAAUUUUGGCGAAGAAGUUGACUGGCUAAAAUUUAUUGCUUUAGCCUGCAGUGCUCUUGGCGGGACUAUUACAAAUGCCAUUAAAUGUGCCUGUUGCAUACUGACCUCGGAUCCUAACUGCCCAACCGAAGAAGCCUGUAUUCCUUACCACCUUUUCAGGUUUCUUUAUACUUACUUAGCAGACAUUGAUGGAGAGAUUUCUCAGGGGCACAUCGACCGUGCAUUAACGUAUUUGGAGGAGGAAGUUGUUGGUACUGAAGGGUUAGUUAGAGUGAGUGAUUUUGUCAACAAUCCAAGAAUGCGAUUGGGGUAAUUCUUAUCCAAUGACAGCAAGUUAGAAGACCAUGAACUCA